CAUUCUCCAGCCCUCCCCCAACCCCCGUUGUAGGGAACGUGUAUCGGGACCGGCACAGGAAAUUUGUUGUACGCAAUAAAUGCAAGUGUUUGACGUGCUGUCGGGCUACUCCCACGCUGUGCUGCCGCACCCCGACGCCGCCACCGCCUGCGCCUGGGCCCACGAGACGUCGUACGACAACCAGCUCGCCAGCGGCUGCAGGGACGGCGCCGUGCGCGUGUGGCUGCCCUCCUCCAGGCAGUGCGUGCACACGCUGCGGUCACACGCGGGGCCCGUGCUGUGCGUAGCGUGGAGCCCGGCGGGGCUGAGGGCGUACAACGGCGGGCCGCCGCAGCUGCUGCUGGCUUCCGGCGGCGCGGACAAGGUCAUACGGGUGUACGACGGAGUGAAUGGAUGUACGGAGCGGGAGAUGAAAGGCCACGCCGGGCCGGUCCUGUCGCUGGCGUUUAGUCAGGUGCUCUCCCCCUUCGCCUCCAGUUCUACCCCAGCAGCGGCGGCGGCGGCCGCCUCGCGCAAGCAGCCGCCAAAGCAGCCGCAACAGCAGCAGCAGGAGCAGGCGACGCUGCUGCUCGUGAGCGGCAGCGGCGACAAGACGGCGCGCGUGCACGACCCUCGCUCGGGCAGCUGCCUAGCGGUGCUGAAGGGCCACACAGACGCGGUCUCCAGCGUCGCAUUGAGUGUCGCUGACGGCGGGCAGGUGUUCGUGACGGGCGGCCUUGACGGCAGCAUCCGUGUCUUCAGCACCAAGACACGAGCCUGCAUUGCCACCCUAGAUUGUGGAGGCGGCGGCGGCGGCAGUGGCGGUGGUGCCGUGGAGGCAAAGGGACAGCUGCAGGCGGGGCGUCAGCGGGCGCGGCGGCAGCGGCGUCUGGCCGUGGAGGCCACAGCCGCCUUCAAGGGACAUGCCAACACGGUGCUGUGCUGUGCCUACGAGGGCGGCGCAGGGCGGCUGCUCGCCACUGGCGGCACCGAGGACACCCUCCGUGUGUUUGACGUGGCGACUGGGGCGUGCCUGGCCACAAGCAAAGGCCACACCUACUGGGUAACCGGCGUCGCCUUUGCGCCGCCGGCGCCGAACGCCGGCGCCGGUGCAAAUGGAGGAACAGGAGCAGAAGGUGGCGGCGGCGUUGCUGGCGGUGGGCAGGAGAAGGCGAGAGCGGUCAGCAGGGGUCGGCUCCGGCACCAGCAGGAGCAGGAGCAGCAGCUGCAGCGGCAGCCCAAGGAACUGGUGGCUCUGGCGAGCGCCUCUGCGAACAAGAGUGUUCGGGUCUGGGAGCUUGCCAUGCCCGUUGCUUCCGCUGCUGGGGCUGCCGGCGGCGGCGGCGGCGGCGGACAGGGCUCCUCAUCCUCGGCGGCGGCUGCGUGCGCGAUGCAGGGCAAGGCGGUUUUGAAAGGACACAUGGAGUGCGUGACCUGCCUACAGUUCGCACCGCGCAGCGGCGACGGCGCCCUUGAUGCCGACGGCGGCGGCGGCGACGCUGCUCCUAGCCACGGGCAGCCGGGAUCAGACCGUACGGCUAGCAUCCUGGGCCCCGCAGGGGGAAGUAGCAGCGGCAGUAGCAGCAGCGCCGGCCAUGCUACAGCCGCCACGCUCCCGAGCCUGGACGGCAAGGGUGGCGGUGGCGGCGGGGCGGACGGCAGUGGUGGCAGCGGCGGCAGUAGCAUUCGGCGUGUGCUGCUGGUGACCGGCACACGCGAUCAGCGGCUGGCGAUGAUGCGCGGCCACAGCGGGCCUGUGUCAGGGGUGGCGUUCAACCCGACGGAUGACCGGGAGGUGACAAGCUGCAGUGAGGGCAAGACCCACAGGGUGUGGCUGCUGGAGGAGGGGAUGUGCUAGAGCGGGGGUUAUGGGGGAGGAUGGGGAGGGUGGGGCAGCGUGGCGUGGCGUGGCGUGGCGUGCGUGUAGGCUCGUGGCGCGUGGUGAAAUGGAAGCACGUGUGGCGCGGGGACGUGUGGAAGGUGUUGGGGCUGGACACGCACGGCUAGGUUGCAAUACGGUAACGCAUGACUCGUAUCUUGAGACUCGAAGGCGCACAUUUGGGACUCGAAGAAGCACAUGCAUCGGUUAUUUACGGUAUCCACUUUAUGCAAAUGAAGUGCGUUGUAGGCUGGCAAGCACCAGCAUUGCCGUCGACUGUUUUCCAAUGCUACCCGCGGCCUGUGUACAUGUGUAUGUAUGUGCACGCAUGCCCAGAAACUCAUGCAAUAGAACGGAAUGCUGCUUGUUAGCCACUCAUCUACACAUGCUGUUCCAAAGUGUGUCUCCUGGCGUGUUUUUGGGGUCUGGCGUGCGCCCCAGCCCGCUUUCAAGGCUGCGACCAAGUGUAACAGACUUUAUGCGCCCUGACGCCCAACCCAGCAGCGCGCCAUUAAUAUUUGAGGGCGUUUGCUAUGAGAAAACGCUGGUCAAAGAAGAUGCACUUUGUGGGGUGGGUGAACGAAACGCGUUGACUCUUAUUUUGUUCAUUUUCGUUCGCCAUGUACGGGGUAGUUGCUCUGUUGCUGGUGCCUGAGUACGGCGAACCGCAGCUGUGGGGAAGGCGCACCCUUGAACUCCUGAAGGCUGUUCCUUAAGGCCUUCUUCACUGAUCGAGGGGACUUCCAAAUUUUUAUGCGACUGACAUUCAUCCCAACGUCAGUGGUCUACCGUGAGCCUUUUGACCUUUUACCAGGCCUUGGGCUGUCAAGGCAGGUCGGAGGUACCCUGAGGCAGCCAGGCAGGUUGAGGCAGGUUCCAUUGCCGAACAGGAACUCCGGGCCGGUCUGGACUCUUGUAAAGUACCGGCACC